CACCAGCAGAAUUCAGUGCACUGAAAGUACCCGGAUGGCACACUGCAAACGGGCAAAAAAUGCAGCGUAAAACGAUGGACACUACUGGCCCUAAACGGCCGCCAUCUUGGCUACGUAGCGGAAGAGGAGGAGCCCUUCCGCCAGCUUUUCAUUUUAUUUCUAAAACAAUGGCGGACGAGAUGGCUCCGGUAGAAGCGGUAGACCACGAAGCUACAGACCGUAAAUGGACAGACGAGGACACGAGGGCCUUAAUCCCGUGGCGGUCUGUUAAUAAAUCCCUCUUCACGGGGAAGAGGAACACCUCCGUGACUGGAUUUGAGGUCUUCAUAAAGGAGAGAGGGCUUGGGAGCUUGGAUCCCAAGCUUGUGAAAAAGAGGUGGGAAAACCUCGUUCACAAAUAUAAGGAGUUCAAGAAACCCCAGACAGGUGUGAGCACAGAGGAGGGUGGGGUCACUGCUGCUUCUUGGAAGUGGUAUGCCCUUAUGGAUGAGGCACUGGGGGCCAGGCCAUCUGUGACCCCUCCAGUCCUCUUUGCCUCAUCCAGCCGGAAAGUGGCAGGGACCCCCCCUCCCCGCUGUGGUCACACCCCUCCCUGUGGUCAGGAAUGCAAGUCGAGCUUCCUCCACAGUGUCAACCCCGCCAGGGUGAGCGAGGCAAGGGAGGCUGCUGAGAGAGAGGAGCGGCGACAUCGGGAGACCCUGGAGAGGGAAGAGAGUCGCCACAGGGAGACGGUUGCCAUGGAGGAGAGGAGAUUUAAUUUUCUCAGAGAGAGUGAGGAGCGGCGAGAGAGAGAGGCAGCUGCCAGAGAGAAGGAGACGGCAGCAGAGAGGAGGGAGACAGCAGCCAGAGAGGAGCGGCGAGAGAGGGAGACGGCAGCAGAGAGGAGGGAGACAGCAGCCAGAGAGGAGCGGCGAGAGAAGGAGACAGCCGCCAGAAUGAGCGAGGCAGCCGCCAGAGAGGAGCGCCUCCUCACCCUUUUGGAAAAGAUUUCAGCUCAGAAAUAAUAAUAAAGCCUGGUUACUUCAGAUUUAUGUACAUGUCUGUUGACUAGUGAUGGUGAGAUGAAGCCUCAUGAGGCAUCGAACCACUUCAGCCAAUUGGUUCAGAAAGGGUUCAUUUCUCGAAGCUUCAUGUGCUCACGACACCACCUACUGGCCAAGUGCAUAAUCACAGGCAGCUGUAUCUGAACCACAUAAUGUGUUGCAUUGCAUUUUUACCUUCGCAUUGAAAAUGGAGGUUAUGUUUUGAUCGCCGUGUAUUUAUUUAUUUAUUUCUAUGCGUGUUAUUCGCAAAACUCAAAAAGUAUUGAACCGAAUCGCAUGAAAUUUGGUGGGAUGAUUGUUUAUUAUCCGGGGACCAGUUGAUUAGAUUUUGGGAUCGAUCGGGUCAAAGGUCAUGAACAGGUCAAAAUCUUUCGCAGAACUCAAAGUAUUGAACCGAAUCGCAUGAAAUUUGGUGGGAUGAUUGGUUAUUAUCCGGGGACCAUUUGAUUAGAUUUUGGGAUCAAUCGGGUCAAAGGUCAUGGUCAUGGAAAGGUCAAAAUCUUUUUUUUACCAAAGCACGAUACAUUUUUGACCAAUUGGCAUGCAACUAAUGCCAAAAUGUUCAUAAUUCAAUGCCCAAUCUUGUGAUAUGCGAAGGUAUGCGCUCUACCGAGUGCCCGUUCUAGUUUUGUCUGUUAUGGCUGUUGGGAAUGACUGAAUUACAAAAAUGUAUGACCAAAUAAUUUCUGUACAUAAAUGAUCACAUAUGUGCAUAAUAAAAUAUUUUUUUAUGUGUAAAUGUUCCCAAAAUGGUAGUACCAUAUGAUAUGGCAGGUUGUGUAAUGUUAUUAUGUCCCUUUAGGAAAAUGGCAUGGGCUUAAGCAGGCAGAGGACAGUGAACGUGUGUGUAACUAGGAAGAGGGGACUGAAUGUGCUUGUGUAACUUGGACAGUGAUGUACAGGACAAGGGACAUUUUAUUCAGAAAUAAGUUUCUCAACAGUUCCAUCUUAUCACCUAUCCUCUCUCCUCUCCUAACUCUCCAACUAUCUCUCUCUAAACUCUCCAAACUCUCAACCAACAACCCGCAUUUUGAAUGGAGCCUGAGGGGUUUAUAUUGCUGUCAAACCUCCCGGCAAAAUCGGAACCACUUCCCGAAGCAGUCACGUGGUACAGCCGGGCAGCGAGGCUUCGGACGUCAUCAUUUUUGGCUCCUCCCCUAAAUGAAGCAAGCCUCGAUACGCGCUUCGAGGAAACGCCCCCUCCAUUACUCGACACACGCUUCGAAGCGUCUGCACAUCUCGUAACAACACUACUGUUAACUAACACUUAACCCGGGGCAUGUCGAAGGCCCUGGCCACCAGCCGAUAGGAGGUGGCGCUGGCAAGCCAAAAAAUAAAAACUAGACAGGAGAUCUCGGGGCCCCAACCGUGGUCACAGUCAGUGCCCAGCACAGCCAUGAGGGCGUUGAAUGACUCGGUUGAGCCUGAAAUCCACCCUCAUGUCACUGUGGCCAUCAAAAUACAACGCCAGCAGUGGCAUUGCAGCAUUGAUACGGCAGCGCCGCCUGGGACUGGGUGGCUGCUGUAGAGUGUGGGGAGGGGAAGAUUAUAUUAAUAUGCAAGUCAUUUUAUCAAUAAAAUGUUGUCAUUGA